AUGAGCACCCACAGACCCCCCUUCAGAUUUCAAACCAUGUGGCUCCAACAUGAAAACUUUCAGAGUUUCGUACGGAAUCACUGGUACGGACAGAUCUCAGAUUCUCCUAUGGAGAACCUUAGCUAUAGGUUAAGGAAUCUCAAACUCCACCUUAAAUGGUGGAACCGACAUAUCUAUGGGAAUGUCCAUACCCAAGUUGAUGCAUUGCAAAAAGAGUUAGCAGAAGUUGAAAGACUACUGCAAGCUAGAUAUUCAGAUGCUGCUUGGGAAAGGAGGAGUAGAGUGAGUGACCAGCUUGAUGAGGUUGUGCGACGACAGGAGUUAUUCUAUCUCCAGAAAUCACGCAUCUAGUGGUUACAAGAGGGUGAUAGAAACACUCGUUUCUUUCAUGCCUCGGUCGCUCAUCGCUCACGUUCAGAUUAUACCUCUCUUUUAGAGACAUAUGAUCAUGACCUUUCCCGCAUGCAGGAGGCAGGGGUUGAGUACUUUCGUACUCUCUUAACCUCUCAGCCGAUUGAGAUUUCUGAUGAUAUGCUCACUUCGAUCCCGUCAUUGGUCACUCACCGUGAGAACUCUCUCAUAACAGCCAUACCCACGGGAGAAGAGAUCAAGGAAGUAGUUUUCUCUAUGAGCAGACAUCGUGCACCCGGGCCAGAUGGUUUCCCAGCUGAUUUUUACAUUUCAUGUUGGGAUAUCGUUGGCACUGAUCUCAUCCAGGCCAUCAAGGAAAUCUUUCGUCGUAAACUCUUUACACGAAGUUGGAAGGCCACCUUCCUUGCACUUAUAUCGAAGGUGACUACCCCAACCUCAUUUAGAGACUUUCGACCUAUCAGUUUGUGUAACGUGUGUUAUAAAGUUGUAUCUAAGAUCGUUACACGUAGAUUGAGUAGUUUCUUUGAUAGACUUAUAUCUCCAGAACAAUGUGGAUUUGUCAAGGGACGGUACAUUCACGAUAACAUCAUGCUAG